AUGGAGAUUGCAGAAUACGAUGGGGAGCCAUUUGACAUCGCCCAUGACGCCACUGUGCCUGUCGCGAACGUCAUCUGUUCCAUGGUGAUGGGGAAGCGCUAUGACUACCAGGACGAGAGGUUCCGAGAACUUACAGAAGCUCUUAACACGCUCGCGGCUGAAGCUGGAGCCGGGCAGAUCAUCAACGUUUUCCCCUUGCUACGGUUUGUUCCUGUCGUGAAUGCAGCCAUCGUUAAUGCUUUACAAGCGUUCUCGAAGGUCCAAAAUGUGAUAAAAGAGGAGAUUUCUCGCCAUCGCGAGAACCUGGAUCGCGAGAACCCGCGAGAUUUCAUCGACUUCUGCCUGCUGGAGGUUGAAAAGCAGGAGAAGGUGGAGGGUCUGACGGGGGACAUCAUGACACACAUGGCUGAAAACCUUUUCAUGGCAGGCACGGAAACCACCUCAAGCACCCUCCGAUGGAGUCUACUCUAUAUGGUCCUGCACCCAACCAUCCAACGGAAGGUGCAGCAGGAGCUUGAUGCCGUUGUUGGUGAGAGCCUGCCCGCCCUGUCCCACCGUUCCCAGCUGCCCUACGUGAACGCCUGUCUGCUGGAGGUCAUGAGGAUCCGGACCGCCGCGCCUUUCACGGGCCACGCCACAACAGAGACCGUCAAACUGGGCCAAUAUGACAUCCCGAAGGGAACCCAGGUACUGCUGAACCUGUACGCCAUGCACAUGGACCCCGCCCACUGGCCUGAUCCGGACCGGUUUGACCCCGAAAGGUUUCUGGACGCGGAAGGAAACGUCAUCAACAAACCUGAGUCCUUCAUGCCUUUUUCAGGAGGCCGACGCGUGUGUCCUGGUGAGCAGCUGGCCAGGAUGGAGCUUUUCCUGUUCUUCUCGACCCUGCUGCAGUCCUUCAGCUUCAGGACGCCAGAUGGCGCUCCUCCUCCAACAACUGACGGCGUCUUUGGUGCAAAUUUCACCCCGCGUCCAUUUCAGCUUUGUGCGAUCCUGCGUUAGUUUUUAUAUCCGAUAUGGGAAAAAUGACGCGAACCAUCUGAUUUCAACUAUGUGAAUGAAGGUUAAUUUGCAUAAUUAAUGAAAAAUUAUCACCAUUGUAUAGUGGUAUAGGGAAUUCAAUACUUGCAAUAUUUGGGAGAUCAGUAAAGGUAAACAUUACUAUACAUAUUUUAUUCCAAUCAGGACCUAAUUUACAUUCUUUUGAUGGACUGCUAGUCUAAGAAUAGCUAAAAAUAAUCAUGUCAAGAAUCACUUUAGCUACCUACAUACCAAAAUGCUGAUCCAUUAACCGGUUCUUGAGUUAUCCUCUUUGAAUAUCAUUUAAAAAAUGGCCCUGCAGUUCCAAAACAAGCUGGUAGGGGACCCAAACGUAUGUCACUUCUUCCCCACAAGAGCUAUCUACCACCUAUGUCAUGAGAUAUGAGCAUGUCUAUGUUAUCAUCAGCAGUACCAUAUAGGAAGCUGCUAGGGGACCCUUCCAGGUCUCAUCAGGACCUACUCACCUACCAAAUAUCAAGUCAAUCCAUU